AAUGCAUGCUGGUAUAUUGGGUAGAAGCUUACCGUUCAGCGUGUUUAUCCAAACUGAAGUUAAAAGACGGACAAUUCGCAUUUGUUCGUUUUUUGAGUUUAACCGAAUUCCCAGGGGGCUUUGCUCCUGUCGGAGAAGCGUUUUAAUGAUGGAACCGGAGGUACCGGCUCGAGAGAACCCGGCGGACUCAAAGCCCGUGGUGUCAGAGGUUGAGAGCACGCGCGCAACUACAGGCAAACGCAAAAUAGCCGAGGACUCCGAGGCUAAUGUCAGCGGGAAAAAACGCAGGGGCGCGGGAGGGAAGACGCUACGUCCGGGCGAGAGGUACGUUCCACCACCGCAGAAACGGAACCCGGGCGUGAGCUUCAGCCAGGAGCACUUCAGCGAGACGUCCUACUACUUCGACGGCGGGCUGAGGAAGGUGCAUCCUUACUAUUUUGACUUUAAAACCUACUGCAAAGGGCGCUGGAUCGGGAAGAGCCUGCUGGAAGUGUUCGAGAGCGAGUUCAGGGCGGAGACCGUAGAGUAUUAUCAGCAGGCGGCCAAGGAGGGUCGCAUCCGGCUCAACGAGGCGCCUGUGGAGGACCUGUCCGUGGUGCUCAAGAAUAAUGACCACAUGAGGAACACUGUCCACCGCCAUGAGCCUCCUGUGGUCGGUACGCCCCUGGAGAUCCUGGUGGAUGACGGCCAAGUGCUGGUGGUGGAUAAGCCAGCGUCCAUCCCCGUCCACCCGUGUGGCCGCUUCCGCCACAACACUGUGAUUUUCAUUCUCGGCAAAGAGUAUGGCGUUUCGGAGCUUCACACCGUCCACAGGCUGGACAGGCUGACGUCCGGUGUCCUGCUUUUUGCCCGGACUGUCGAGACGUCCAAGAAGUUGGACAAGAUGGUGAGAGACAGAGAGAUUGAGAAGGAGUAUGUUUGUCGAGUGGAGGGCGAGUUUCCUGAAGGUGAACUGGUCUGCGAGGAACCCAUUCUGGUCGUGUCCUUUAAAGUCGGUCUGUGCAGAGUCGACCCAAAGGGAAAAGAGUGCCGAACGGUUUUCCAGAGGCUCAGCUUCAACGGGAAAACGAGUGUCGUACGUUGCUCACCGCUUACAGGCCGCACCCACCAAAUCAGAGUUCACCUUCAGUUCCUGGGCUUCCCCAUCCUGAACGAUCCGAUCUAUGGCUCUUCUGCCUGGGGUCCUAACCGAGGGAAAGGGGGAGUUGUGGGAAAGAGUGACGAGGAAAUACUGCAAGCGCUGGUGGAAGAGCAUCGCUCUCAGGAAAACCCAGACUUGCUGAAUGACCUCACAGGGGGGAAAGAAGUGGCCGAGAAAAACUUUACAGACAAGUGUCGGCAACAAGUGGAUCCUUGUGGUGACGAGACAGAUGUGAUCACUGACAGCACCUCUGUCAAAGACUCCAUUAAUCUACCUCCAACGACAGCAAACGGAAGCGAAAAGACCGCUGAUGUCCCGAAAAUAAGUCAAGACCAUUUAUGCAGUGAAUGUAAAAUAGUGCGACCAGAUCCCACUGAGAAGGAACUGAUCAUGUAUCUCCACGCUUUACGCUACAAAGGACCGGACUUUGAGUAUUUCACACGUUUGCCCGAGUGGGCCAAAGAGGACUGGGUAGAACCUUGGUGAAGCUGCAAAGCAAAAGCAGCUAAACUUCUUUUCUUAGUUUUUUUAUGUUGCUGUUUUUUGACAGCAGAACUUUCAAAAGGAAAAACAAUAAAGAUUUGAAACUUGCAGGAAAA